UCACCCGCGCCACUGCGGCGGCACGCUGCUGCUGCUGCUGCUGCUCGCCACGUCCCCACCGUUCCCCGCGGCGCUGCGGACUCGACGCGGAUGGGCCGUGCGCAAGUUCCUUGAGGACAUGCGGCAGACACGCCGCAACGCGCACGCCGCGGUCAGCCGUCAGUGUCUGCACGAGAGUCUCCAAGACAUCAUCAUCGAACUGCAGCGACUCGGAGGCUUCCGACAUGUUUCUAUUCUCGUUUCUUCCGGGGUUCUCUUUUUUUUCUUUUGUUGCUUUUCUUGCUGCUGUGUGUUUUUCUUUUUCCUGA